UGGUUCCCUCCAGCCUUGCUGCCCGCCGGGUCCCAGCAGAGCAGCCGGCGGAUUCCCCCUUGUUGGGGCUCUAUCAGGAUGCACCGCCCCAAGUUUCGUUUCCCAGCUGGUCUGGUCGUGGCAGUGUUGGAUGGUGUUGGAUAGGGAUGGAGCUGCGUGGCUACCAGCGGGAAGCAGCAGCCCCGGCUCUUUGUGGCCGUAACAGCAUCAUCUGGUUGCCCACGGGUGCUGGCAAGACUCGUGCUGCUGUCUACAUCUGCCAGAAGCACCUGGAGAACCGGCGAGGUGGCAGGGUGGCCGUGCUGGUCAACAAGGUGCAUCUGGUGGACCAGCACUUCAAGAAGGAGUUCCAUGUGCUGCAGAAGGACUUUAGGGUGACAGCCAUCAGCGGGGACUGCAGCCACAAGUCCUUCUUCGCCCUCGAAGCGAAGCAGAAUGAUGUAGUCAUCUGCACAGCCCAGAUCCUGCAGAACGCGCUGCUCAGCGAGGAGGAGAUCAUGCACGUGGAGCUGACAGACUUCUCGCUGCUGGUGAUAGAUGAGUGCCACCACACGCACAAGGAAGCCGUCUACAACAAAAUCAUGCUGAACUAUCUCCAGCGCAAGCUCAGCGGGCAGCAGGACCUGCCACAGGUCCUGGGUCUGACAGCGUCCCCUGGCACCGGGGGGGCAACCUCCUUCGAGGGGGCUGUAGAACACAUCCUGCAGAUCUGUGCUAACCUGGACACCGAGAAAAUCACAUCGGUGCAGGAGGAGGUGCAGCUCCUGCAGAGCCACGUCCCCCAGCCCAGGAAGCAGUACGACCUGUGCCAGGAGAGAGCGCAGGACCCCUUUGGCGAGCGGCUGAAGAAGGUGAUGGAGCGGAUCCAGCAGUACAUGGAGAUGCCCAGCUUGCCGCAGGACUUUGGCACGCAGAUUUAUGAACAGCGCAUUGUGGAGCUGGAGAAGAGAGCGGCAGAGACAUUUUGCCGUAGGACGCGGGUGUGUGCGCUGCACCUGCGCAAAUACAACGACGCUUUGCUGAUUAACGACACGGUACGGAUGAUCGAUGCCUUCCAGUGCCUCCAGCAGUUCUACGCCGCUGAGCGGGACACGAAGGACCCCACCGAACAGUUCCUUGCUGCUACGUUUGAAAAGAACAGGGAGAGUCUGCAGGCGCUUGCUAGGGACCGGCGCUAUGAGAAUCCCAGGCUGGGUAAGCUGGAGGAGAUCCUGCAGGAGCACUUCCAGCCCUUGGGUACUUCUCGUGGCAUCGUCUUCACCAAGACCCGGCAGAGCGCCCACAGCUUGCUCAGCUGGCUGCAGGACACGGCCACGCUCUGCGGACAACACAUCAGGCCUGCCGUCCUCACCGGUGCCGGCUACAGCAACCAGGCCAAGCACAUGACUCAGAACGAGCAGCAGAGUGUGAUCAAGCUGUUCCGCGAGGGAGCCCUCAACCUGCUCUUCUCCACCAGUGUGGCCGAGGAGGGCUUGGAUAUCCCUGAGUGCAACAUCGUGGUCCGCUAUGGGCUGAUGACCAAUGAGAUUGCCAUGAUGCAGGCCCGUGGCCGUGCCCGUGCUGAGAACAGUGUUUACUCCGUCCUUGCCAAAGCCAACAGCAGAGAGGUCUCCCGUGAACAGCUCAAUGAAGCCCUUGUGGAGCUCAUGGAGAGAGCGAUCAGAGCAGUGCAAGCCAUGCCCGAGCAGGAGUAUCGCCUCAAGAUCAGGGAGUUGCAGCAAGUUGCCGUUGCCAGUUGGUUAAUGAAGGAAGCCAAAAUCAGCGAGAGGCGGCAGCUGCACGACCCGGAUGCCGUUCACCUCUACUGCAUCAACUGCAACACGGCGGUGUGCCGCGGCAGCGACAUCCGCACCGUGGAGGGCGUACAUCACGUUAACGUCAACCCCAACUUCGGGCUGUAUUACAGAGCUUGCUCUGGGAAAAUGCAGUUCCAGAGGACUUUCAAGGACUGGGAGCCCGGCUGCCGCAUCGCGUGCAGUGGGUGCAGCCAGGAGUGGGGAAUGGAGAUGAUCUACCGGCAGGUGAAGCUUCCCAUCCUCUCCAUCAAGAACUUUGUGGUGGAGACACCGGCUGAGAAGAGGAAAUACAAGAAGUGGAGUACUGUGACGUUCCCCGUCAAGGAGUUUGACUACCUGGAGUACUGCUCCAACGUUCACGGCCAGUCCUUCUAGCACAACCCUACUCUGAAGAGACUCAUUCCCAGGUCACCUCCUGGGACAUUGGGACCCUUCCCAGGGCAGCGGUCGAGUCCCCAAACCUGGAGAGAUUUAAAAGCCAUGUGGUUGUGGUGCUCAUGGACACAGGAUGGUGGUGGCAGUGUUAUGGUUGGACUUGAUGAUAUUGAAGUUCUUUCCAACCGCAACGAUUCUGUGAUUUUAAGAUUCAUGGGGAGCAGAAUGAGCCUCAUGGAGCUGCGGGUGGGUUUGAUGUAGGGGGAGAUGUCCCUGCCCAUCACAAGGAGGUUGGAACUGGAUGACCUUUAAGGUCCCUUCCAACCCAAACUAUUCUAUGACUCUAUGAUUUUCUGGCAGAAGCAGAAGGGCAGCUGAGGCUGAAAGGGGCACCCAGCACCCUGGUCUGGACUCGCUUUCUCUGGGUGCCUGGUGCCCGCAGGGGCUUGGGUGCCUCUGCCCCAGCUCCGAGGGUCCCCGCGGGGCUUUGGGGCUCAGGAUGCUGAGCUCUCGGCUCUCCCCGUGCUCUCCCACCG